UAACCACUUCCUUCAUGAAUCUCACAGAAGAGCAUCAAGAGACACCCUGUGUCCAUUCAAACUUUUCUUGUUUGCAAACUUCACCAACAGCAACAGAAAUGUUGCUGUAUAUGUCUGUAGCGGUAGUUGUCUCACUGACCGUGUGUGGAAACUUGCUUGUGAUCAUCUCCAUCUGUCACUUCAAGCAGCUUCAGACACCAACUAAUUUCCUUGUGCUCUCUUUGGCCAUGGCGGACUUUCUUGUUGGGGUAAUUGUGAUGCCCCUCUAUUUUACUAUGUGGAUAGAUCCAUGGAGGUGCUUUGAUAUUUUGUAUUGCACAACUUUUAAAGUAGCAGCUUAUUACUUUACUUGUAUAUCAAUUUAUAAUGUAGCUUUAAUUACAUUGGACCGUUAUCUUGCUCUCUCCAACCCUUUUCACUAUUCCAUGAAAAUGACAGUGAAUGUAACUUUGAGGAUGAUAGCCAUAUUGUGGUUGUAUUCAUUAAUCUACAGUAUGGUGCUUCUUUAUUUCAAUGGAGAUAUUACUGACAUGAAAGCAGACAUCACAUGUGGUGAGUGUUCUGUUACAGUUAAUAAGGUCUGGGCUAUUGUUGACUUCAUAAUUGCAUUUGUUUUACCAUGCUCAAUGAUUGUAAUUAUAAACUUGAAAAUUUUUGCUAUCGCUAAAAAGCAUGCAAAUAAAAUUAGGAGUGUCAGAAAGUGCCCAAAAAACGAUCAUGGUUCUAUGGCCUCUGAAAGGAAAGCAGCAAAAUCCCUUGGAAUUCUAGUGGCAGUCUUCCUUCUGUGUUUAGUACCCUACUAUGUAAGUGCCUUUGUUGAUAUUUAUUUCAGGAACAAAUCUGUCCAUCUUGCAAUUUCAAUUACAGCACCUCUAGUAUAUUUGAAUUCUUCCAUCAAUCCAAUCAUUUAUGCUCUUUUCUAUCCAUGGUUUCAGAGGUCUGUUAAACUCAUACUAACACUCAGAAUAUGUGGCAAAGAGUCUUCCAUCUUGAACGUACUUGAACGGGAAACACUGUAAGAAGUUGUUCUUUUCUAAAGUUCCUUGUCUUUUUUCAAACUUAGAAAACUGCUUUUAAUGUAUACUCCCUGGUGUUGGAGUAUAUUACAGAAUUAGAUCAAACAGACUGGUUGUAUGUUUUACUGAUUUAAAAAAAUAUUCACAAUGGUGCCAUUUUGGAGUGUAUCUGUUUUUAUAUUUGACAACACAAUGUUUCUAUAAUUUGAUUGAAUGCCACUGUUUUCCUUUCUUGUAUUUUUUUAUAUAAUAAAAUAAGGUCAAUUGAGAAGUACAAGAAAUUUUCUUAGUCGUCAGUGGGCAGCAUGAGCUAAAGAAUUUUUUUUAAAUUGUGUAGUACUAAUUACUUCUCAUCCUGAGUCA